GUCGUGCAUGUCAGUGGAUGUGUUUUGUGUGCUGGUGUUAUGUGUUCAAAUAAAUUAAAUUUAGUAUGUUAAAAAACUGAAAAAAGUGUUUAAUUAUAAUGUUCAAUUGAAGUUUAGUUAUUAGUUUAUUAUAAUCAUGUUUUCUCAAAGAAUAUGGAGCCUAUUGGCUCUAUUUUUAUUUAUAUUAAAUGAAUCGAAUGCCCAAGUAGCAGAAAAACUGACAGCACAAAAUCCUUGCAUCGCAAAGACAACCUGUAGUGAAUGCAUACAAACCAAAAGCUGCGCCUGGUGUUAUCAACAGGAUUUUGGAGACCGUGCAAGGUGUUUCCAACCUAGUCUAACUUCUUCAUCUUCAAUAUGUGAUGAACGAUUCACUUGGAACCCUGACAAUGAGCAAAGAAUGAUUUUACAAGAAGCUCUGUCCAAAGCACACACUCAUUUAGGUACUGGAGCAUCAAUAGGUUCCGGUUCCAUUUCUGGUAGCUCCAUUGGUUCUUCUUCUACGUCGUCUUCCUCAUCUAGUUCUUCCUCAAGUUCUUCUUCAUGGUCUGGCAGCGGAAUGGGUGUUAGUUCAACUCAAGGACAAAAGGAAAUUGUUCAAAUCAGCCCACAAAAAGUAGGGCUUAAAUUAAGAAUUAAUGAAGUUCAUAAACUAAAUGUUUAUUAUGCACAAGCUGAAGAUUAUCCAGUAGAUUUAUAUUAUUUGAUGGACUUGUCUAAGUCUAUGGAAGAUGAUAAAGAGAGAUUGUCAGCAUUGGGAGAUUUACUCUCAGAAGCCAUGAGAAAUAUUACUUCAAAUUUCCGGUUGGGUUUUGGAUCUUUUGUGGAUAAAGUUGUGAUGCCAUAUGUGUCAACAGUGCCAAAAAAAUUAAAAGCUCCGUGUGAUAACUGCGAAGCACCUUACGGUUACCGGAAUCACAUGCCUCUGAGUAUGGAUACACAACUUUUUUCUGGCGAAGUACGAAACGCUUCAGUUUCUGGUAACCUGGAUGCACCAGAAGGCGGUUUUGAUGCCAUCAUGCAGGCGGUGGUUUGCCGUGAACGUAUAGGUUGGCGCGAGAAAGCCAGGAGAUUGCUGGUUUUCUCCACAGAUGCUGGAUUUCACUAUGCUGGUGAUGGAAAACUUGGUGGUAUAAUUACACCAAACGAUGGCGAAUGCCAUAUGGACGCCAACGGCAUGUACUCAUAUUCUAGUCUUCAAGAUUAUCCCAGUAUCUCACAAGUGAAUCAAAAAGUCAAACAAAAUGCUAUAAACGUAAUUUUUGCUGUAACUGAAAGUCAAGUUAAUGUCUACAAAAAAUUGAGCAGUCACAUCGAAGGAUCCUCAACUGGUGAACUUUCGAAUGAUUCUUCUAAUGUUGUUGAUUUAGUUAAAGACCAAUAUAGCAAAAUUUCAUCUUCUGUGGAAAUGAAGGAUAAUGCCACAAGUGCAGUCAAAAUCAAAUACCAUUCUCAUUGUUUAUCACCUGGAGCUGGGUUAGGACAGGAGACCAACAAAUGUGAUGGUUUGAAGGUAGGAGAUGUGGUCAAAUUUACUACAGAGAUUGUAGUAACUGAAUGUCCAGCUAAUAUCAGCGAAUGGCGUCAGACUAUUCAAAUCUACCCAGUCGGAAUCAAUGAAAGUCUGAUCAUUGAUUUGGAAAUGCUAUGUGAUUGUCCAUGCGAGCACCCAGGUGGUGAGGCUUAUGAACCUUUCAGUGCAAAAUGUGGCGGCGCGGGUACUUACAUGUGCGGAAUUUGCGACUGCGAUCCUGCACACUUUGGAAGACAUUGCGAAUGUUCUGCUACAGAUGUAACAUCACACUUAGACUUAGCGAUGGGAUGUAGAAGGGAUAAUACCACCACGGUUGAUUGCUCAGGAAAAGGAACUUGUGUAUGCGGUGUUUGUGAAUGCGAACAGCGUGCCAAUAUCGAAGAACAAAUCUCCGGCAAAUAUUGCGAAUGCGAUAACUUCUCCUGCGACCGUCAUAAUGGUAUUUUAUGCUCUGGUCCAGAACAUGGUGUUUGUGUCUGCGGUCAGUGCGACUGUCUGCCCGGCUGGACCGGCCCUGCUUGCGAUUGUAGAGACACCAAUGCUACAUGUAUCGCUCCAGGAUCGACAGGCGAAGAAAUGUGCUCUGGACACGGAGUUUGUGAAUGCGGAGUUUGCAAGUGUGAUGUUGCUGAGGAUGGCAGAUAUUCAGGAAGAUACUGCGAGAAGUGUCCUACUUGCCCAGGCCGUUGUCAGGAGUUCAAAGAAUGUGUUAUGUGUCAAAUGUAUAAAACUGGACCCCUCACAGAAGAGGAAUGUGGAAAUUGUACAUUCGUACCAAUCGGUCAAGAUGUAGUUGAAGCUGAUGAAGAUAAAGAUGAGCAUUUAUGUUCAUACUACGACGAAGACGAUUGCCGAUUUACAUACGUUUAUUCGAACGAAGAAGACAAAGUAGUUGUACGAGCUCAAAAUGAAAGAGAGUGCCCUCCAAAGGUAUGUUUGUUAUAGUUCUUUACUCUCUAAAUUUAU